GUCGCUCAGAGACGGACGCGGUCUCAACCGAGCGCUUUUUUUUAACGCUCGUUUCAUUCCUCCACCGCCUUUACUUCACCGUUUCGACCGGAGGACAGCGAGCGUUUGCUUUGCGUUCAUGGAGGCUUCUGAGGAAUUGUGGGACGCCGCCUCCGUCUGCAUCCUGUCAGAUCUCGUCUCCUGCACCAACCAGACCAACAGCACCAACUCCAGCUCAGCAGGGGGCACCGUCCGGUCCCCUUACUACCAGCACUCGCUGCCGGCGGCCGCGCUCUUCACGCUGGCGUAUCUCUUCAUCUUCCUGCUGUGCCUGAUGGGAAACGGUCUGGUCUGUGCGAUAGUCCUCAGGAACCGGCACAUGAGAACCGUCACCAACAUCUUCAUCCUAAAUCUGGCCGUCAGCGACCUGCUGGUCGGGAUCUUCUGCAUUCCUACGACGCUAGUGGACAACCUCAUCACAGGUUGGCCUUUCAGCAACAUGAUAUGCAAACUGAGCGGUCUGGUGCAAGGAACGUCCGUCUGUUCCUCCGUUUUCACAUUGGUGGCCAUCGCUGUGGACAGGUUUCGCUGCAUCGUUUACCCGUUCAAGCCCAAACUUACUCUCUUUGUCGCAAAGGUAUCGAUCGGGGUGAUAUGGGUGCUGGCUCUCGCCAUCAUGUUUCCCUCGGUGGUGAUGCUGACCGUCGAGCGAGAAAAAGGGCAUUCCGUGGUUCACAGCGACAACAGCACGUCCCCGCUGUACUCCUGCUACGAGACCUGGCCCGACCCGGAGAUGAGGAAGGUGUACACCACCGUGCUGUUCGUACACGUCUACGUCAUCCCCCUGCUGCUCAUCAUGCUCCUGUACGGCCGGAUCGGAGCCAAGCUGUACGGCACGGCCAUCCUGGCCAGCGGCGAGCCGCCCGACGCUCCCGGGUGCGGCAGAUGCCCGGCGUCUCAAAGGAAGACCCGAGUGAUAAAGAUGCUGAUCGUGGUGGCGCUGCUCUUCAUGCUGUCCUGGCUGCCGCUGUGGACCCUCAUGCUCCUGACCGAUUACGCCCGUCCAAACGAGGACAAUCUGGAGCUCCUCACCAGCUACGUAUUCCCUCUCUCUCACUGGCUGGCCUUCUCCAAUUCCAGCGUCAACCCCAUCAUCUACGGCUACUUCAACGAGAACUUCAAGAGAGGCUUCCAGGCGGCGUGUCAGCGCCGGGCGUGCUGCUGGGCCCGAAAGAAGACGGCAUUCAGCAUCAAGCGGCCCAGAGCUGGAAGCCCUUUGAACACGGCUAUAAGCGGUCACCCGCUGAGCCUGGGCUCGAGAACCAACCGGAUCUUCACCGAGAGCGACCUGACGGGAUGCGUUCGGCUGGAGCUGGAGCACCGGAGGGCGUCGACGGACACCAAGGGCUCCUCGGCCGAAGGCGGAAACGGCGGCACGUCUGCGAAAAGGGAAGUUCACUUUGAAGAGAUCGAGAAGGUGUGUUCGGCAGGAGGGAAAAUAUACAACGCCUGGGAGCGCUGAAACUGGUGCGCUCCGGCCAUCCUGAAAAAUCAGCUCACGUUUGUUGCUCUAUACAAUACAAAUAGUUUCAAUAUAUCUUCAUAUAGAGCCCUAUGAGUGAAACUUCAUUCAUCACUAAACGCGGAGCGUUACGGAAUUUGUCAAACCUCGCAUGAAUAGGUUAAACUUUUAGUCAUUACAUUGGAAUCCGAUAAACAAGAACGAUAGCUAUAAAGAUUACUUUAUUAGUCAAUGCACGAUAUUGUUUUGUAACCCUUCAGUUGUUUAUUUAUGGAAAACAUUAUUUGUGCUAUUGCUAAACGUUUGUAAUGUAUUUCUAAACACAUAAAUGUUUGUUUUUAUUUUAAAUGUGUUUUAAAGUUUUUUUUAAAGGCUACAUAUUUAAUCAAAAAUGCAUUAAAAAUGGUGAA